AUGGAAACAAAAACCAAUUACGACUUUAUUAUUGUAGGAGGUGGUCCAGCCGGUUGCGCCCUAGCUGCAGGGCUCGCCAAAUCAUCCCAAAGACCUCAAGUUCUACUCCUUGAAGCAGGUGGGCGCAAUGAUGAUAAGGCUUUACGAGUUGACGGAAAGCGAUGGACGACAUUCAUGGAAGCAGGCCUCAACUGGGGGUACAAGACCACACCUCAAGAACAUUGCAAUGGGCGCGAGCUUGACUAUUCCCGUGGAAAGGGUCUAGGAGGUAGCUCAGCAAUCAACUUCGGCGUCUACACUGUGGGCGCACGGGACGACUACGAUGAGUGGGCAGCUGGGGUAGAUGAUGAUACCUUUGGAUGGAAGAAGAUGCAGACCCGCUUCAAGAAUUUGGAGACCUUUGACGGUGGUGUCACACUUUUGGAGAAUCAAAAAUAUGCCAAAUCAGUUGCUUGCGACCAUGGCAAUGAGGGUCCUCUCCAUAUUGGAUUCGCAGAGGAUUGGGAAAGGGACCUGGCACCCUCACUAGAUGCAUUCGAAGCGGCUGGACACAAGCUCAACUUGGAUCACAACUCGGGUAACCCGCUUGGCAUGGCCGCUACUAUCAACUCCGCUGCUAAUGGAAAGCGUACCACGGCUGUUGACCUGCUUUUGGACGCUCCUGAUAAUCUUGUUAUUAUCACAGACAGCCCAGUGCGACGGAUUUUGUUGCAAGGCAAAAAGGCUGUUGGAGUUGAAACUCAGGGCAAGCAGUACUUCGCUUCUCAGGAUGUGAUUCUCUCUGCCGGCUCACUGGACACCCCGAAGAUCUUAAUGCAUUCUGGAAUCGGACCAGCUGCACAGCUUGAGAAGUUCAACAUUCCAGUAGUCAACGACCUUCCCGCUGUUGGUCAGGGUCUCCGAGAUCACUACUUUGUUCCCCUGAUUCUUGCUCGUAACCCCGAGACAAAUGAUCGCAAUUCGUUCUUCCAAGACCCCGCCGCCAUGGAGACUGCAAUGAAACAGUGGGAGGACAACAACACCGGCCUGUGGACCCGAUACGGCUGUCAGGUCGGCUGUGGCUGGUUCAAAUCAGACCGCAUCACCUCCUCGCCUGAAUUCAAAGCACUUCCAGCAUCCGUCCAAGAAUUCAUGAACCGCGAAACUAUCCCCCACUAUGAGAUGGUCACCCACCUCCCUAUCCAUUUCAUGUUACCCGAUAUGUUCAAAGACUACAGCUAUGUGGGUCUCGCAGCAUUCAUGAUGAACGAACAAUCCCUCGGCGAAGUGACCCUACAGUCCUCCGACCCAGAUAUUCCGCUCCUUUUCAACCCGCGGUUCCUCGAGAAUCCCUUCGAUCGUCGCGCUUGUAUCGAGAUCUACCGACACCUACUGGAAGUUAGUAGGCAAGAGGCCUUUGCGAAAGAUACUAUCGCCACGCUCAUCGGGCCCGCGUCCGAAUCUGACGAGGAUAUCCUCCAGUUCUGGAAAAACUUCCUUUCUUCUAGUUGGCACAUGACUGGCACAGUGAAGAUGGGCAAGAUCAAUGCCAGUGGCGCUGCUGUUGACCCUCACUUUCGCGUUCGGGGAAUCCAGAACCUGCGCGUUGCUGAUAUGAGUGUCGUUCCUGUUCUCACUAACAACCACACCCAGGCUACGGCUUACUUGACUGGUGUCACUUGUGCUGAAGUUCUUAUCAAGGAAUAUGGUCUAGAUGAACAGUAG